CCAUAUUUUAAGCCACUUUGUCGACACCGUAGGUAUACAUAAAUAAUUUAAUCAUCUCUAGGGUUAGAUUAUCAACAAUCCUAAUGUAGCUAUUAUAUAAAAGGGGCACAAAGGGCAUUACCAAAUUACAAGUCCACACCUUCUAGUCUUCACUUCGUUUUCAUAAAGAGUCUUUCGUAAGACCAAAGAGCCAUUUUCGAUUCCAGGGCUAAGACUAGGGUUUCACAGUUCAUGAUGAAGAAGAGACAGAUGGUAAUCAAGCAGAGAUCAAGAAACUCCAACACAUCUUCCUCUAGGACUACUACUUCGUCUUCUUCUUCCUCCUCCUCUGAGAUCAGUAACGUCCGUUACGUGGAGUGCCAGAAGAAUCACGCUGCUAACAUCGGAGGUUACGCCGUCGACGGUUGCCGUGAGUUCAUGGCCGCCGGAGUUGAAGGAACCGUUGAUGCUUUGAGAUGCGCCGCUUGUGGUUGUCACCGGAAUUUUCACCGGAAGGAAGUUGAUACGGAAGUUGUUUGUGAGUAUUCUCCACCUAACGCUUGAUUUUUCAAGGAUUUUACUCUUUUAAUUUUAUUUUAUUUUGUUUUGAUUGGUUUGGGUUUAUCGAUUGAUUUUUAAAGAUGAAUUUAUUAGAGGAUAUUUGUAUAUGAAUAUUGAUGUGUAUAUCAACAGCUCACAUACCGGCUACCGCCCAUCUAUAUCUAUAGGUAUUUAUAAAAUUGCCUGUUGGUUUGACAUAUAUAUUGUAUAGUUCUGUUUGUGAUGUAAACAAUAUUUUAUUUUCAAUAUUAGCUUUUGGAUUUCCUAAAGCUUCAAUGAGCCAGCUUCACGAAAUAACAUUUGCGAUCUAAAUUAUAGGAUCGAAACUAGAUCUUUUUUUCUUUUUUUUUUUGGUUAAUUUGGAGAAUGAUAGUGGAAUAUUUUUGCUUCAUAAGUCGAGUUUAGGAACACAUUCACACGAAAGAAGCAUAUGUACUUUCAUAUAUCGACGAUUUUACGAUCUUAUGUAUGAAAUAAUUUGUAUCGGA